CUCCUGCCUUCAUUAUCAUUGAUGUGGCCACUGAUGUGGCCGCGACCGGUGGCGUCACUUCCUGUGGACGUCACAAAGCGACUGAUGGCGCUUUCCAAAUGGCGGACGAACCCAGGAGAGGUGACCGAUGGCGGUCGAGGGUCACCUUUGUCGUCUGCGCCCUCUGUUCAGGAUCAACAGCCUGGAAUUAGUGCUUCUUUGUCCGACAGGCUUAGACUCGCCGACAGUUUCAUCUACCGACCAGAGUAUCAGAAAAUCGUGCCGCUGCCCAAAACGGCAGGUGCUACUAUUCAGCGAGAAAGUACGUCAACGCCGCCCGCCGCCGUAGCUCCGCCAUUGCGUCGAGAUUCGCGAAACGCCGGGAACAGAGGUCAUCUGGCCCGGCGGACAAGGUUUCGCCCCGAUUUCUACUCAGCAAACUCUCACAGGUCAAAGCAGGAACCCAUAGAGAUACUCAUAAUUGCACAACAAAAUGCGAUGCACGUUUCCUCCCCUACCGACGAGCCCAUAGGGCUGCAGCACAGCAAUGGUCAGACGAAAUCGUUUAUGGCGAACAAUCACGAACAUCAACGCGGUGUUGUGAGCCGAGCAGCUCGGUCGUAUGAGUUGGAUAUCUACGGCGGGGGUCAUCGUGAGCACGUAAACCCCAUUCCUGGUGGGCCGCGGAGCGUGGGUCGAUAUGAUUUCACUGCUUCGGGCAGUUCACCGUAUAGAGAUCUAUCACGACCACGUCGAGAUGUAGCAUCGAACUCAUAUGAUACUCGAAGAAGAGGCGCACAACAAACUUCAGAAAUCGACCAAAAUUCCAGGUCAGAAUUUGAAUAUCAGAAUAGUCCAUGGCUCACAUCACAACUCCGUCACAAUCUUAGCUCGAGGAUCAGCUACCACCUCCAGGACCGGGGGGAUGGAAAUGGUGAAAGCGUCGCAGAGACGCCGUCUCAGCUAAUCAACUGGAAGCACCCUCAAUUGACUCAGACUGCCGAGCAGCUAGGUCAUCGUCUCAGAACAAAUGCGUACAGCCUUUCCAAGAAGAUUGCAGCUCAAACUAAGGAUGAUCUGAGUGGCGUCAUCAAAGCCCUGACCCAGUACCAUCUUAUCAGAGGAUCAGUACCGGUCAACGACGAACAGAUCCCUGAAUCACGAUACGCGGACAAUUGUCAUCGGGCCUGCUCCAGGUCGGAUAGUUCGACCUCUGACCAGUCAGAAGCGACCGGCGGAGGUCUGAAGGCGACCGCCACCAUCUUGCUGUGGGCUUUCCUGGCAGCCGGCGCUGCCUGGAUGGGACCGGCCGCCGUGGGAGGCAGGGACUUCCCUGCUCGUCACAGCCCAGUCUGCGAUACACUAGCCGAGUUCAUCAGCCCUGAGACAUGCCUCCAGCUGGAGAAGGCCAUCAAACAGUCCGACCCAGGUGUGCUUGACGACCUAAUUGAGCUAGUCGAUGCGAACCUAGCACAACCAGACAGCACAACAGACAGCUCGGAACCAGCAGACACCACGCCUGGCGUCACGCCCGAGGAACCAGAGGCACAGAGCGAGACCAGCUUCAAAUCGCCGUCUCCCAUCAGCUAG